GCACAUGUAUUCCCGACCUCUCUUGAGUCUUUCCAGGCCGAUCUAUGAAGCAAGUUGUGACUGCCUAUCAAGUGAAUGCAUUAAACCCAAUUCCUGUUAGACUUAAUACUCUACCAUAUAUCUCAUUGCAGAUGCGGAGCACCAUCAAAUGAAAUCAAAAUGAUAUAUUUCGUGACCUCCAAUCUUUUACACGCUUAUGUUAUUGAUGUUGAUAUAUAUGUAAAAACAAGCUGCAGAUGGAAAAGAUGUGGGUAUUUGCAAGUAUCCAUCAGUGGUUCUGGCCUCUGGGCUACCUAUUAGUUGCAUUUCUGAUACAAAGCAGAACCUGUUCCCAUUUCUGUCCUCUUUCAAAGCACUAGUUUCUUGCUUUUCAUCAACAUUGCCUGCAUUGUAAGCAUUACUCUUCCUCUGGUUGUGAUCCUGCUCCGCUUCUUAAAACUGAAUACGAUGUCAAAGGGGAUGCUAUUUAUAUACAUAUAGAUUCAUUAAUCUAUAUUUUAUCUCGGGCUUUCGGCCCCGUAGAUUCCAAUUAAUUCACCGAAAUGCAUAUUGUACCUUGUAUAGGAUGCUGGUUCUCAUGGGCUGCAAGGCCCAUCCACUAACAAGAUAGAACAAGUGUUAAUGUAUUCGAAUUCAUAUUUUUUUAACCUAGAAAAAGGCGUUGUGCUUAGUUCAGACAUAGCAAGGAAACCCUAGCAAAACCCUCCAGAGGAGUCUGUGCUCUGCUUCUACGUUCAAUUUUCUUUUUAGUCUAAGUGUUUGUCUUUUCUCUCCAUUUGUUAUAUUGCCAUUUCCAAGUGGAAGAGGAGUAAAAGCAAGAGCGAAAAUGGGUCUAGGAGAAAGAGGAGGAUGGGAUAAAAGCGAGUCCAGGUACUGCGGAGUGGAGACUGAAUUUGAGGAUGACAUGCCUCGCCUUUUGUCUUACAAUCUCUCCUCUUCCGGCUUUGAUUUUGUUGUCGCUCCUUUGAUGGAUCCUACUUACAGACCAAGCUUGUUGGAAGCAGAGAAUGGUAGCUCUCACGUUCUGCCCUUUGCUGGGUCAGACUUAGUUUUGAGUCCUUCUCAGUGGAGUAGUCAUGUUGUUGGAAAAAUCAGCACGUGGAUUGACUUAGAUUCAGAGGAUGAGAUCUUUCGGAUGGAUUCUGAGACUACUUUGAAGCAAGAAAUAGCAUGGGCCUCUCAUCUAUCUCUGCAGGCAUGCCUUCUUCCUUCACCUAAGCGAGCUUCAUGCGCUAAUUAUGCUAGAUGUGUGAAUCAGAUUCUGCAGGGCCUAAGCAAUAUGCAGCUGUGGCUAAGGAUUCCACUAUUAAAAACUGAUGAGGAUUCACUGGAUGUAGAUUCUGAUGAUCUGAGAGACUCUUGGGAACUCUGGAAUUCAUUUCGGCUAAUCUGUGAACAUCAUAGUCAACUGUCACUUGCCCUUGAUAUUCUGAGUACGCUACCUUCUGUGAACUCAAUUGGACGGUGGUUUGGAGAGCCUGUCAGAGUAGCCAUAGUACAUACUGAUUCUUUCCUGACAAAUGCACGAGGUUACCCAUGCCUGUCAAAGAGCCAUCAGAAGCUAAUUACUGGGUUUUUUAACCAUUCUGUACAGAUGGUUCUUUCUGGAAAACCUUUACAUAAUAUUCCUGCAGAAAGCACAGGUUCAGCUGCUAAUCAUAUUGAUAAAAAUGUGAACAGUGUGGAAAGACAUCCUCUCAGGUCAUAUUUGGAUUAUGUUGGUUAUCUUUAUCAAAGGAUGGCUCCGCUCUCGGAGCAAGAACGGAUUGAGCUUGGUUAUAGGGAUUUUUUACAGGCUCCAUUGCAACCUCUGAUGGAUAAUCUGGAGGCUCAAACAUAUGAAACAUUUGAGAAAGACUCGGUGAAAUAUAUUCAGUAUCAAAGGGCAAUCUGUAAAGCUUUACUGGAUAGGGUCCCCGAUGGGAAGGCAUCAGCAAUAACAACUGUAUUAAUGGUUGUUGGAGCAGGACGAGGACCUCUAGUGAGAGCAGCAUUGCAGGCAGCUGAGGAAACUGGACGCAAGCUUAAAGUUUAUGCUGUAGAAAAAAACCCAAAUGCUGUGGUCACACUUCAUAGUCUGGUUAAACUGGAAGGGUGGGAAAAUGUUGUUACCAUAGUUUCUUGUGAUAUGCGUCUUUGGAAUGCUCCUGAAAAAGCUGACAUCCUGGUCAGUGAAUUGCUGGGAUCUUUUGGUGAUAAUGAGCUGUCUCCUGAGUGCCUUGAUGGAGCCCAACGGUUUUUGAAGCAAGAUGGAAUUUCAAUACCCUCGUCGUACACAAGUUUCAUCCAACCAAUAACUGCUUCAAAGCUAUAUAAUGAUGUCAAGUCACAUAAAGAUCUUGUCCAUUUUGAAACUGCUUAUGUUGUAAAACUGCACAGUGUUGCCAAGCUUGCUCCUUCACAAUCUAUUUUUACAUUUAAUCAUCCAGAUUACUCAACUAAGAAAAGCAACCAACGGUACAAGAAGCUUCAUUUUGUGAUACCAAGUGACACUGGAUCAGCUAUUGUACAUGGAUUUGCUGGUUACUUUGAUGCAACGCUCUACAAAGAUGUACAUCUAGGUAUUGAGCCGUCAAUGGCUACACCAAACAUGUUCAGCUGGUUUGCAAUAUUUUUCCCACUAAGGCAACCUAUAUGUGUUCAACCUGGAUCCCCUUUAGAAGUACAUUUUUGGCGUUGUUGUGGUUCUACCAAGGUUUGGUAUGAAUGGUGCGUGACAUCUCCUAGGCCAUCACCUAUUCACAACAGCAGUGGCCGAUCAUAUUGGGUAGGACUUUAGAACCAUUCGGUUGUGAGGAGAGGGAAGAUGUAUUUGCUUCCUCAUUACAGGUCAAAGCAGGCAGCGACCUUCUAUGGUUUCAGGUGUGGCCUUGGAACUGAAGUAAAUUGAGAGUUGUACUACCUUUUUGGGUGGAUUUAGAUGGGGUUUCAGUUUUAAAUUCUUAGUGUAAUGUGCUUGUGCUGUGAUAUUCUCAGCACUGUAGUGUCGUUUCUGAACAUGAUGGAUGGAUUAUAUGGCAAUUCAAUGUUCAAUCUACGAAUCAGGAUCCUUUUUACACUUGAUCGAGUUUGAGUACAGACUACAUGGAAAUGAUCAACUUACGUGAAUCUCUGGAUUUUAUUCUUUCAAUCAACAUCAAUUAGUUUAAGCCA